CAACCCCCUGUAUUUAACCGAUCCUCCAUACUUUUCCCAUCUACUUCAGCUAAUAGCUAAACUCGUCGAGUUUGUAAAUCUUGACAGAAAGUAACUUGCCAUGGCUACCAAAGCCAAAGCAAGCUCCGCCUCAUGCCUGUCCUUCUUGAAGGAUGCCUUGCUCCUCCCCACCCGGAACACGAAGCUCUUCGUCCCCGUCUUCAUCCUGGUCGCAGUCCCCACCUUGCUUAUCCAAAUCACCAACGUCUUGUACAUCCAACCCCUCACCGCCGACAUCCUCGUCCACAUCAACAAGAUCAAGAACAUCGACCCCUCGACACCCGAGUAUGCCAAGCUGAUGGAGGAGAUCAUAAAGGAAGCUAGGGAGCUCGUCAUCAUCAGCAUUGCCUUCCAGAUCACCGCCUUCGUACUCGGCAUCGCAAAGCAGAUCGUCACUUUUUUCGCCGCCUCCACCACCUACUCUGGCGACCGCUACUCACUCCCUGAGCUCCUCUCCAAGGUGAUCAUGAAGGGGCAUCGCCUCAAGGGGCCCCUCAUAACCAUCGCCUUGGUGGGCGUUCUUGAGUUCGCAUGCAUGGCGCUCCUUACCGCUCUCAUCCAGCUCGUGAUGCGCCACUCCGCGGCGCUCUACAUGGCGCUCCUCUUUAUCUUCCCGUUCUUCGUCACCUUCCUCUACCUCAACGUUGUUUUCAUGGUCACCGUGGCUGUGUCAGUGGCUGACACGGAGCGCCGCGGCAUGAGCGCGCUCCGGCAGGCAUGGCGUCUCAUGACGCGGGUGAAGAAGAAGGAGGGCUGCGUGCUGGUGGUCGUGAUCAACCUGCUGUCGCUGGCUGUGUCCCCUCUGUACGUGGUUGCUCUUGGGUACACGAAGAAGAGCAUGGAGAUGGGGCUGGUUCUGCUCUCCGUGUACGCGCUGAUGUUCGGCGCGGUGGAGCUGUUCUACUUCACCGCGGCCAUGGUGUACUACAACCAAGCCAUGGAGAGCAAGGAGGUGAUGGCUCAUGACUACGUCAAGAUCCCGACCGUGGAAGCAAAUGUGUGAUUGUUCAAGUAGUGGUUGGCGUUAAUAAAUUUCUACGUGGUGAUGUAUACUUUUCUCUGGCAUUAUAUAUAGUUUUGUUUGUGAUUAGCGACGAAUAAUAUAAAUGCAUGUAUGUUUUAUGCUAUGAUUUAUGCACAAAUAUUGCUUCCAGGUUCGUUUA